UUAGAUCAAUAUGCAUAAAUGCUGUCUUGGCCAUGUGAUUCAGGGCCCUCCCUGCUAUGAGACUUGUAUAAAUACUGGAGAAAGUUGUUGUGACAUUCAUGGAGAGAACAGCUCUAGAUGAAAGCUUUGGCAUCCACCACCAAGCCUUGUGGAACUUUACUGCUGGGAGCAACUGUGAUCUGAAGUGGGAGAACUGCUGCUGAACAAAGGCAGGUGCCUCUUUCAAGGCAACUAUACCUGCUUGACCAUGUAUGCUGCUCUCUCUCUCCUCCUCCUGGCAACCUGCCUGCCCUCUGGAUGGGCGCAGACGGCCCUGGAUGACUACGUCAAGCAGUAUGACCCUCACUAUGACUACACUGUCACAAAGAAGGAAGACAGGCCUGAUGUGACCAUCUAUACCCUCAACAUGACCUCCUUGAAGUGGCUGAACGAGUCUGAAUUGUCUAACCCAAUUUGGUGGCAUGAGCUGAUCAUCGUUGUGUCAAAGGAACGAAAAAUGAAUAACUCGUGUUUCCUGAUGCUUGGGAUAGGAAGAAAUGAUGACCCAUCUAGUAACCGAGAUUUGACUGUUGAUGACCUUGUCAAUAUAGCAAAAUCGACUGGGUCCUGUGCAGCACUUUUGGGGCAGAUUGGAAACCAGCCAAUCACCUUCAAGACAAUCCCUUUGCAAAUGUGCAAGAACAGCAUUGAAAAUGCUGCACUUGUUUGUUCGUGGUGGAGAUACAUGAGCGACGAGAAUUUGCAGCCACAUGUGCUGAUUCAGUUUCCAAUGGUGAAGGCAGCUGUCCGUGGCAUGGACACUGUAACAGAUUUAAUGCUGAAAGAAUCCGGUGGAACAAUGAAUAUCACAAAGUUCACAAUGGCUGGUUACUCCAAGGUAGGUAUGAACUGCAAGUCUGUGCUGUAUUGGAUUUCCAGUACACCAGAAUUAACCCUAUGCAUGCUCAUUCCCAUUUCACCUGUAUAUGCCAUGUUUGGGCUCUCCAGUGAGAACUGA